ACCGUGGAAUCAUGGACUUGGCAGGAAAUGGGUGGACAUUCAUCGUCCAACAGAGUUAAUGUUCCGGUUGCACGCUCUCUGAACAUCACGCCCUCGAUCAUCAAGUCGGCGGGCAAUGUUCGCAUUCCUGCUUCCAGGUGCACCCAGUCUAUUGCAAGAUCAACAAACCCUCCUCCGCUGGUGUACUUCAAUGGCCAUGUCGAUUCGCCGCGACAAAUCCUCUCCACAAGCGUCCCUUCGUCCAGUUCUGUUCAACGCUCAGUAAAUUUACCAACAGACAGAUGUAUCAAAAACGUCUUCUCCAAUGACUCCAUUAUCGAUCCUGGGUCUAGCACGGAAAUAACACCAGUGAAAUCGGAGGAAGAGUUGGAUAAUCUGGACAUAUUUCUUGGCACGGAAAGCAACAUGCAGAGCAUGAUAGAACGCUUAAGCAGUUUACUCACCACCAAUGAUGCUGUAAAUCGUUUCAGCGAAGCUCUUUAUAUUAUUAUGGGAGCUGAAUUUUUAACCCAGUGCAGUUGGCUGGGCGGUGGCAAAGGCGGGCCAAAAAUAGGUUUAAAACACUAUGGGAACUUGCAAAAUUUGUUACGACUUGUAGCGGAAAAAGGUGUGAAUAGCCUGGAAACGAUUGACUAUGUGAAGCUGUUAAAAACCAAACUAUACAAUGCGAAAGGUAGAUUACUCUACAAAGGUAUAAGAAAGAGCGUUUGUAAACUUAGACAACGCAAAUCCACCAAAGUUCUAGAAGUUGAUCCAUUCUUCGAUACUGUAUCUAUUACUGAAAUUAUUCCAGCCACAUCCAAGGAACAGUUGAAUAGACUGGAAGGAUUUCUGAACACUGAGAACAAUAUGCAGAGCAUUGUGCAACGCUUAAACAGCUUAAUAGCUGCUGAAGACGCUGCCAAACGUUUAAGCGAUGCACUUGAUCUGGUUGUUAGUGAUGAUCUUUUAGCCCAGUGUGGUUGGCUGGGCAGUGGUAGAGGAACGCCAACGAUAGACCUAAAGCAGUGCGUAAAUAUUCAAAAUCUUCUACAGCUUGUAGCAGAGAAUGGUGUACACAGCCUGGAAAAGACGGAGUUCGAGAAAUGUUUACAAUUCUGUAUGCUUAACGUUGAAGGACGAAUACGCUUUAAAAAUAUCAGGAAGGCAGUUUCUAGAUAUGAAAAUCAAAAGUCAAACAUCAACCACGAUACCCACGCGUGUGUCCGAGUCAUUGACUGUAGGUCGCUCACAGAAAGCAUACCAGUCAGAUCCAAGGAAGAGUUGGAUAGGCUGGAAAGCUUUCUCAACACUGAGAGCAAUAUGCAGAGCAUGGCGAAUCAUUUAAACAGCUUAGUAUUUGCGCAAGCCGCCGCAAAUCGUUUGAGUGAAGCUCUUCAUAUGGUUGUCAGUGAUGAAUUUUUAGCUCAGUGCAGUUGGCUGGGUCGUAGUAAACCAACUACAGGCCUAGUGCAGUGCGUUAAUAUUCAAAGUCUUCUACUGCUUGUAGCAGAAAAUGGUGUGCCUAGCCUGGAAAGGGUAGAGUUCGAGAAGAUUUUAAAAUCAAAUAUAUUUAACGUUAAAGGUAGGUUCCGUUUGAAAAAUAUCAGGAAUAGUAUUCGAAUUCCAAAUUCCGACAGCGUCGAUGCUGGAUCGACUACGGAUGUUACGUCAGUCAAAACGAAGGAGGAGUUGGAUACGUUGGAGGAAUUUCUCAGCACUGAGCACAAUAUGCAGAGCAUGGUAGACCGCAUAAAAAGCUUAUUGACUGCGGAUGACGUUGUAAAUCGUUUGUGCGAAGCUCUUUAUAUAGUUGUUAAUGAUAAGUUUUUAAUCCAGUGCAGCUGGACGGGUAGUGGCAGUGGUGGAACAAAGGUAGCCUUGAGACAGUACGUAAAUUUUCAAAAUCUGUUACGGCUUGUAUCAGAAGAUGGUGUGCACAGCCUGGAAAGGAAAGAGAUUGAAAAGAUUUUAAAAAUUAAAUUAAAUAACGCUAAAGGUAGAUUGCAUUUCAAAAAUAUCAGGAAAAGCGCUUGUAAAUUUAGAAAACGCAAUUUAAACAACACGGGCAUUCAGGAAGCUCACUCCAGUGACCGUGUCAUGGUCAUUGAAUCGGCUACGGAAAUUUCAACGGUAAAAUCAAAAUUAGAACUGGAUAAGCUGGAGGAAUUUCUUAAUGCAGAGAAAAAUAUGCAAACCAUGGUAGAAAGCAUUAACAAUUUACUGACUGCGGAUGACGCUGUACAUCGUUUGAACGAUGCUCUUCGUAUUGUUGUGGGCGUUGAAUUUUUAACCAAGUUUAGCUGGAUGGAUGAUGUUAACGGGCGGAAAAAGAUAGCUUUAAGACGGUACGUAAACUUUCAACGUUUUCUACAGCUUGUGGUAGAAAAUGGUGUCCACAACCUGGAAAAGGCGGAAUUUGAGAAGAUUUUGAAAUCAACUAUACAUAACGCGAAAUGCAGCUUGCGUUUCGAAACUAUGUUCAAAAGCAAGUCCAGCGAUGAUCAGGCCAUUGAGUCUGAUGAGAAAAUUUCACCAGUUAUAUCCAAGGAAGAGUUGGAUGAGUUGGAGGAAUUUCUCAACACUGACAACAAUAUGCGGGGCAUGGUAGAACGCCUGAACAAAUUAAUUUCUGCACAUGACGUUGCAAACCGUUUUUCUGAAGCGCUUUAUAUUGUUGUUGAUGAUAAGUUUUUAACCGAAUGCAGCUGGACGGGCAUUGGUAGUCGGCCAAAGCUAGCUAUGAGGCGGUACGUGAAUUUACAAAAACUGCUACUACUUGUGGCAGAAAAUGGUGUGCACCGGAUGCAUAGGACAGAGUUUGAAAGCAUUUUUAAAUCUAAACUGUAUAACGCUAAAAGCAGAUUACGCUUUAGAGGUUUGAGGAAACGUGUAUGUAAAAAACGCAAAAAAAACAGCACAACCGUCCAUGAGAUCAACUACAGUGACACUGAGUCAGCUACGGAAAUUACACCAGUGAAAUCUAAGGAAGAGUUAGAUAAUCUGGACAUAUUUCUUGGCACGGAAAGCAACAUGCAGAGCAUGAUAGAACGCUUAAGCAGUUUACUCACCACCAAUGAUGCUGUAAAUCGUUUCAGCGAAGCUCUUUACAUUAUUAUGGGAGCUGAAUUUUUAACCCAGUGCAGUUGGCUGGGCGGUGGCAAAGCCGGGUCAAAAAUAGGUUUACAACACUAUGGGAACUUGCAAAAAUUGUUACGACUUGUAGCGGAAAAAGGUGUGAAUAGCCUGGAAACGAUUGACUAUGUGAAGCUGUUAAAAACCAAACUAUACAAUGCGAAAGGUAGAUUACUCUACAAAGGUAUAAGAAAGAGCGUUUGUAAACUUAGACAACGCAAAACAAACAGCGCAAGUUUUCACAAAAUUCUCCCGAUUGACUCAGUUAUAGGUACUGGAUCGACUUCGAAAAAUUCACUGGAGACUAGGUCUACUAAGGAAAUUUCAAACAGCGCUUCGAAAUCGAAAUUUUCAUCAGCGACUAAGUCUACUAAGGAAAUUAUAUCUGCUUUUACAAAAUCAAACAGCGCUUCCAUCCAUCAAACGCAAUCGAUUGAACCAACUAUGUACGCUGGGUCGACUUUGAAAGUUUCAUCAGAUACUAGUUCCACUAAAGAAAUUUUACUAGCGUUGAUAAAAUCAAACAGCGCUUUUGUCCCCAAAACGCAAUCGAUUGACCCAGUUAUGUACGCUGGGUCCACUUCAAAAAUUUCACCAGAAUCUAGAUCUACUAUGGGAAUUCCACUAGAGACUAGGACAACUAGACAAAUUUCACUAGAAACCAGAACGACUACAAAGGUUUCACCUGAUGCUGGGUCGAAUUCGAUAAUAUCAGAUAUCAAAACCAAGGAAGAGUUGGAUACGCUGGAGGAAUUCCUGAACUCUGAGAACAAUAUGCAGAGCAUGGCGAAACGCUUAAACAGGUUAAUGUCUGCGCAAGGCGUUGAAAAUCGUUUCAACGAAGCUCUUAAUUUGGUGGUGGGAGUUGAUUUUUUAACUCAGUGUAGUUGGGUGGGUAGUAGAUCAUCUAUAGGAUUACAAAAAUAUGUGAAUUUUCAAAAUCUGCUACGACUGUUGGCAGAGGAUAGUGUGCACACCCUGAGAAAAGCGGAACUGGAGAAGUUUUUCAAAAUAAACAUAUAUAACGCUAAACACAGGACACUCAUAAAGUAACAAAAAUAGGGAAUGUACGGAAAAGUUACACAAAUCAAAAGUUAGAAUACAAUACAUCAUGCAUUAUGUAUGCAAUGAAAGGACUAGAAUCUCGUGUUAUUGGAGUUUAGGUUAUUUGUACUACCAGCAGUUAGUAUUGUUUUUUGCGGUGAAUUAAUGAAGUAUGUUCAAGGCG